GAAGUGUUGUCGGUGGUGCGGUUUGUCGUGUUGGUCUGUACGCAGCGUCUGCCGCCGCCUAACAGUCUCUUUUAUUGUGUGCGCGGCUCCCGUCUUGCCUGGGUCAGCGGCUCCCGGGGCGCGUCUCUUUCCCUUCUUUUCCCUUGUGCUCUUCCGUAGAGCGAUUUGUCCGCGCCCCUUGUCCGCUGAGGGGGGCGUCCCCCCAGCCCGCGCCCCUUUUCUCCCCCUCCUGGCCGGGGGCUUGCGGCGCUUCCUUCUGGAUGCGUCCCCGCAGCCCCGGGCGGGAGGCGGCCAGGGGGAAGCGCUGCCUCCGAGGAUUUACCGCUGCCUGGGACUCGGACCCGCUCCUUCCCCGCGGGCGCCCCCGGCGCCCCGGCUCCGCUGCCGCUCCGGGCCACCGCCGCUGCCAUGGACGAGAAGUACCUGCCCGAGCUGAUGGCGGAGAAGGACUCGCUGGACCCGUCCUUCACCCACGCCUUGCGGCUCGUCAACCAAGAAAUUGAAAAAUUCCAAAAAGGGGAAGGAAAGGAAGAAGAAAAGUAUAUUGAUGUAGUCAUCAAUAAGAAUAUGAAGUUGGGACAAAAAGUUCUGAUUCCAGUAAAACAAUUCCCUAAGUUCAACUUUGUGGGAAAACUUUUGGGUCCACGUGGUAAUUCUCUAAAGCGUUUACAGGAAGAAACACUGACAAAAAUGUCUAUUUUGGGAAAAGGUUCCAUGAGGGACAAGACAAAGGAGGAAGAGUUGAGAAAAAGUGGAGAGGCAAAGUAUUUCCACCUCAAUGAUGACCUACAUGUUUUAAUUGAAGUAUUUGCUCCACCUGCAGAAGCAUAUGCCAGAAUGGGACAUGCAUUAGAAGAAAUCAAGAAGUUCCUCAUCCCUGACUAUAAUGAUGAAAUCAGACAGGCACAGCUUCAAGAAUUAACGUAUUUAAAUGGUGGCUCAGAAACUGCAGAAGUUCCAGUUGUCCGUGGAAAAGCAUCGAUUCGAGCAAGAGGAGUGCCUGUUCCUGCUCUGUCCAGGGGCCGUGGGGGAGUGCCUCCACCACCAGCAGGAGUGCCCAGAGGGGCACCAGCUCCCCGGGGAGUCCCUCCAAGCAGAGGACCAGUCAGUCGGAGCCGGGGACUUCUGGCACCCAGAGCACGAGGAGUUCCUCCCCCGGCAGGGUACCGGCCCCUGCCGCCACCCCCGGCACAGGAGACCUACGGGGAAUAUGAGUAUGAUGAUGGCUAUGGAGCUGCUUAUGAUGAACAAAGCUAUGAUUCCUAUGAUAACAGCUAUAGCACUCAAGCACAAAGUGGAGCAGAUUAUUACGACUAUGGCCACGGACUGAGUGAAGACACCUACGACUCCUAUGGGCAAGAAGAAUGGACCAACUCACGACACAAGACACCUUCUGCAAGGACAACAAAAGGAGUCUACAGAGACCAGCCAUAUGCCAGAUACUGAUUGUACUGUCUGAUGUUGUGAAAUAUCCAAUCUCCACCAGUCCUGUAUACUGUUCAAAGUAAUUUUUUCUAUGAACAAUCCCUUUUUAUUAACUCAAAGUGCAUAAAAUUCUGAAUGGAUGGACUGAACUUUAAACAUUUUGUUGAAAGAACAACCUGGACAGAAAGAUAUGUAAAACAAGGAACUUUGUUAUUUCCAAACUGUGUUUGAAAAAAUAGGUGAUCAAAAAAAUAACCUUUGAUUAACUAGUGUUAAACAAAAAAUAGGUUUACUAAAUACGUUAGUCCAUUCUUUUUAACAUAAGUGUAACCUUUUAUUUUAAAGGUUUUCAACUAUUUAGUUUUUAGCUUUUAUUUUCAGCCAUUUGCUAGAUUUUCUCUUUGCAAACAUGCGUAAAAAGGGAAGCAAACUACAAAUGCGAAUAAUGUGGUAUUUUGUAACUCAAGUCUUGAAAUGUUCUGUAGUGUUAAGCAAAGUUUUACCCUUGCUUGAUACUAAAUAAACUUUUGAAAGAAAAUCAGUGUGUGUGAGAUUAAUUUUAUGCUUUAUCUUAUAAUAAAACUUCAUAAAUAGUAGUAAACAGGGAGAAGUGUUUAACAGUGAUCAGCAUAAAAGGCUCAUAUUAAACAUUGUGCAACUUCUUUUAAAACAAAAUGGUUUAAACCUAAAUGUAUCUCUCUAUAUACUCAUGGUAGAUAUAAAUGCUGUUUAAAAUAUCCAAAUGGUAUGGAUCUGCUUGAGUGCCACAUUAAAUCAAAAUACUUUUGUUUAAAAAUGGUUUAAAAUAGCUAAUGAAUUUUCUGGAAAAAGAUGUGACUAGUUUUCACCUUGUUGAGCAUUUUUUCACUAGUGCAACUUUGGAAUUUUUAUGAGAAUUUUGGUACCUUAAUGACCACCUCGCUCCGUGCUGGAAGCAAUAAACACAAAGCUUUUAAAGACUUUCUGACUUGACUAAUUGAGGUCGCUUUCGUCAGAGGCAGAGGAUGUGUAACCCUUAAAACGGUCUUCAUUUGCAAAGGUAAAUAAAUCAAAUAAGAUUUUAAUCUCACUUAAGUUAUCUUAAUAUAACCAAUAAAAACAGGGAGGCUACAACUUAGAAAGUUUCAUUUUAGAAUGUAGGAAAGACUUGUGAGGACACCUAAAUUCUCAUUUUAAAACGUUUAGUUUGUGUUAGUCAUCUAAAAAGCCUUAGCUUAGCUAGUUAAAUUUGGACAAACUAUUCCCUAUUAAACAACUGUAAAACCUCAUAACCAAUAGUUUGUAAUAUAUUAUUUUUCCAUAAAUUCUAGUAACUUAAACAUUGCAGAUGUUAUCUAAUGCCUUUUUUUAAGCAUUGUUUCUAUUAAUUACAGUUUGAUUUACAUCGCUUUCUUUAGUUUUUAUUUAAAAUUCUUUGAAAUUUAGUAAAAACAUCCUUUUUUUUUUCUCUCUUGUCAGGAAAAUCACCUCCUUGGACAGCCAAGAGAACAAAAACCCUAAUCUUCUGAUGCUUUGGAACUUCUGCCACGUUAAUUAUGGACUGCUUAGAGCACUGUACUUACCAGUAUGCUCAGACACUGACAAGACCGAGUAUGAAAAUCCUGCUCAGCAUUUCUUGUAUGAAAGCCUUAAAGUGUAUAACAGCAUACACUUUUUAAAAAAAAUUGUAUAUUGAAACUCUUAACUGUAUAGUGAUGCAAACAAUGUUUUAUUUGGAGCUAAAUAAAGAAUUUCCAUCUAAGUUCCUGUUACAAAGCAAUAACGCGACCUCCUUUUCUUUAGUGACUCUUUUUAGCCUUAUGCAGCAAGUGUGAGAGAGUGUGUGAAGUCUCAUGACUAGAACUUAAAUGCUUCUGGAAAUAGCUUGUCUAAUGUAUGAACAACAUGGAUAACUUAAAAUGAAGAUUGGUGUUUUCUGCUGAAGCUUUUUUAAUAGCUAAUUGUAAACAAGUCUGCUCCAGACAAGAUUCUUGGGUAGAAAUAAUGCUCCAACUUCCAUUUCCUUCAAAAACUUGUAUAACAAGAAGGUGUUUAAUCCCUGUCAAUUAUACUAUGCUGCUUAUUCUCUUUCACUUGGUGUUUGAUGCAUAGAAAUCUUUUCUCUAAUACACAGUCACAGGUUUUCUAGUAGUAGAGUCUUGGAUGAGGCUUUUACACCUUGAUAAAUCUUGUAUCCAACAGUCAUGUUUCCUCAGUGCUUUCUGUUUUAUAUUAAUUGUGAUUGUGGUAAUUUGUAACAGAAAUAAAGUUCUGAUCAUUUA